UUUACAAUUCGCCAAUAAUUGCACUUAAUUGUGUGUGUGUUUUCAUCGAGUGCUUAAGUGCAAGUGCACCAGUGGCCACAGCUCUCGUAUGCAACGCGUGCAAAAGUGAAUGUUGUAAAGCUUAAAAAAAAGAAGAAAAACAAAGAUGGCUGCAAAGCGCAGCCAGUUGUUGGUCUAAUAACUAAAUAAAUAUAACUGGGUUUGUUGGCCCAGCUGAGAGCAGAGCAGAAAUGGAACAAUCGUUGGAAUCGUUGCAGCCGCAGUCUUUGGACGCAUUGCUGGACGCCAGUGGCACCAGCAGCAGCAUGAUAGCAGGCGUUGCAGGCACAAAUCAAAAUCCAAAUGAGCAACACGUGAGCGAGGCCGCCACAGUUGUUGUUGGUGCUGCGGCUAUUGGCUCACCAGCAACGACCAGUCCCAGUACAACACCAGGAGCUGCAGCAGCAACAUCAGUAGCAGUAGCAGCAGCAGCAGCAGCAGUAGCAGCUACACCAGUGGCAGCAAUAGCAGCAACAACUACAACAACCACCACACCGACGAGGAGUCCACAGCGCAGCGUUUAUCACGAAGAUGGUUAUCAGGCCAGCGGCGAUAGCGUUGAUAACGAGUCACAGCUGGAGUCAAACGGUUCGCCUGCACAGCGUCAUUCCAUUAACUCGGGGGAUUACACCUCAACGCCCAAGUUAGGCCGCAUUGGACUCAAUGGAUCGGCGGCCGCAGCAGGAGCCGCAUCAGUUUCAGCCACAGCGUCAGCCAAUGCUAGUGGCACCACAUCGCCCAUAAAUUAUCAAAUACUUAGUGACGACUACCCUUACAGCAUAGAGUAUGAGUCACAAUACCAACAUCAGCAGCAGCAACAACAACAACAACAGCAGCAGCAGCAACAGCAACCAUCGCUGACUAAUCAGGAAUUAUCCGUUACUGUCCAAGCAACGGCUACCAUCAGCUAUAGCGUAAAUCGUCAGAGUUACGCCUCACCACCAGCAUCGGCAGCAUUGCCACCGUUGAUCAUACCACAACGUCAGUCGCUGUUGCCUUGGGGCGCACAUUCGCGCAGUUCCAUUAUCAACGUUUUGCCCAGCUAUACACAGGCCGAGAUGCAUGCCCUGGCGGCCAGUGUGGUCAGCGUUGAGCUGACUGCACCACGACCGGGUGAAAUUGUUAUGCGAAAUUUGUUUAGUGAUUUCACGGCGCAGGCGGAGAAGAAAAUCGAGCUGGUCAUGCUGGAGAGCGCCGACAAGAAUCUAUCAAAGCUGUUGCAACGUGGCGAGGAUCAGCAGUUUGAUCAGCUGCUCUCCGCUUUAGGCUCUGUGGCUGAGCAUUGUUUGCCCUCGCUGUUGCACACGCUGCUCGCCUGGCAUCGUCGUCAGCUGUCCGACAUGGAGAUCAAGAAUGAUCUCAAGAAACCGGCGACAGGCAGCAGUGUUCAGUUGGUGAACAAGACCAGUGUGGAUCUCGACUUUCAGUUGCAACGGCGCGAGGCGGCUUUGGAGUUUAUAUUCUGUUUGGCGCUAAUUGAGAUACUCAAGCAGCUGCCAUUUCAUCCGGGCCAUGAGGAUCUGGUGCGCAGCAUUGAGAAUUUGGCCUUCAAGCACUUCAAGUAUAAGGAUGGUCUGCAGAAUAAUCCCAAUGCGCACAAUAUACACAUGAUUGCGGAUCUCUAUGCGGAGGUGAUCGGUGUUCUCGCCCAGAGUCGGUUUGCAUCGGUGCGCAAGCGUUUCAUGUUCGAGCUGAAGGAACUGCGCGGCAAGGAGGCCUCGCCGACAACGACACAGAGCAUCAUUAGCCUGUUGAUGGGCAUGACGUUCUUUCGCGUCAAAAUGGUGCCCAUUGAGGAGUUCGAGGCCUCCUUCCAGUUUAUGCACGAGUGUGGUCAGUACUUUUUGGAAGUGAAAGAUAAGGAUAUCAAGCAUGCUCUGGCUGGUCUAUUUGUGGAGAUUCUAGUGCCGGUUGCGGCGGCCGUCAAAAACGAGGUGAAUGUGCCGUGUGUGAAGAACUUUGUGGAGCUGUUGUAUGUGCAAACGCUAGACGCUUCAACCAAGUCAAAGCAUCGCCUGGCGCUCUUUCCACUGGUCACCUGCCUGCUCUGCGUAUCACAGAAGGCGUUUUUUCUAACCAAUUGGCAUUACUUUUUGGCCAUGUGCUUGAGCAAUCUCAAGAAUCGCGAUGCGAAAAUGAGUCGUGUAGCGUUGGAGUCGCUCUAUCGCCUGCUCUGGGUCUACAUGAUACGCAUCAAGUGUGAGUCCAACUCGGCUACGCAUUCGCGACUCCAGAGCAUUGUCAACUCCCUGUUUCCCAAGGGCUCCAAGGGCGUCGUUCCGCGCGACACGCCGCUAAACAUCUUUGUAAAGAUCAUUCAGUUUAUUGCCCAGGAACGUUUGGAUUUUGCCAUGCGCGAGAUUGUCUACGAUUUGCUGUGUGUGGGUCGGUCCAUUAAGGUCAUACUCAAUCCUGAACGGAUGAGCAUCGGUUUGCGUGCAUUUUUGGUCGUUGCCGACUCACUGCAGCAAAAGGAUGGCGAGCCGACAAUGCCGCGCUCCGUGACCAUUCUGCCGUCGGGCAAUACGUUGCGGGUGAAGAAGACCUACAUUAACAAGAUGCUCACGGAUGAUACGGCACGUAGCAUUGGCAUGUCCACAUAUUUUCCGCACGUACGUCGCGUCUUUGUGGAUAUCUUGCGUGCUCUGGACGUGCACUGUGGUCGCCCGUUGAUGAUGACAAAUACCCAGAAUCAGAAUAAGGAGCCCGACGAGAUGCUCUCCGGUGAGCGAAAGCCGCGCAUUGAUCUCUUUCGGACGUGUGUGGCAGCUGUGCCCAGAUUGAUACCGGAUACGAUGACCGCUCAGGAGCUGGUUGAUUUGCUGUCUCGGUUGACCGUGCACAUGGACGAGGAGCUGCGCAUACUGACGCAUCAAUCGCUGCAGACGCUGGUCAUAGACUUUCCGGAUUGGCGUCAGGAUGUCGUGCACGGUUACACACAGUUUCUGGUGCGCGAUGUCACCGACACCUAUCCGCAAUUGUUGGAGAACUGCACGCGCAUCUUGUUUGUCUUCCUAAACAUUUGGCGCUGUGCGAUUUAUGUCAAUGGCGCUGCAGCCACCGGCAACAACACGGGCGUACCCAGUGCCACUGGCGCUGGUCUUAAUGCUCAGGCUCAGGCCAAAGUUGGCGGCACAGUGCCAACAAUUGGUGCAGCUGUUGCACAGGCAACUGUGCCAGUGGCGACCGUUGCGACACCACCCGUUGCCGGCAAAGAUGGGACGACAAGCAGCCAAUUGUCGAAGCAGCAGCAUCUGAAUACCGCCAGCAGCGCUGCAUCCAGCAUAACCACGUCGAGCGGCAUGUCCAGCAUUACACAGCACACAGUGCUCAAUAUGGUGGCCAACGAUGUGAAUAAAAAGAAUGAGAUUCCGUUGGCAACCACGCUGCACUUUGUCGAGGGCUUUGCAUUGGUGCUGCUCUGCAACUAUCGCCCCUAUUUGCGCAAACUGGCGGCCAUGAUACUCAAGGAGGUGAAGAAUCUAAUGCGUGCUCUGGGCAUACCGGAAACUGAGCCACCGCUCAUCGAUGUUAUGGAUCGCUGCUGUCCGCAGAUUGUGGAGAAGUGUCUGCCCCUGUUGCCCCAAGCGGAAAAGACGGCCAUACUAAAUGCCAAUUGCAUUGAUCUGCAGUGGAUAGCAGAGCGCAGCAGCGGCGUUUGGCUUGCCAGUCUCACAGAUGACAACUCCAAGUCGUCCACUUUGACACUGAAUCUAUCGCAGUCCAGUUCAGCAGCAGCUGCGGCUGCAGCAGCGGCAUCAGCUGCCAGUUGUGCACAGCCGCCAUUUGAUCCCUGGGCUAGCUGCCUGUUUGGCCUGUUGGAGCGCCAGCGCGUGUUACAACAAUGCCCCUCGGCGGUGGCGCAGGCUUGGCCCAUUUGCUAUGCGCGCCUCAAUGCGCUCUACAGUGUCAUAGAUCCCACCCCCGUCAGCGAUAAUCGCGCCUCAUUGCUGCGCGGCUCGGCGCCGACUAAGAAAGUGCCCACCGAAAGCCAAAAAUAUUCGUAUAUGCGUUUGUGGCGCAAUCAGGUGGCAUGCGCUAUGCGCUUAGUGCCCCAAAUACCCAGUGUGGCUGUGCGCUGUGCAUCGCCCGAUUUGAGCUUGAGUUUACAAGAUCAAUCGGACUCACGUUCGCUAUCCGAUUCCUUGGACAAUAUACCGUCAAAUGUAUUUGGGCCCGAGGGAAUUGUGACUCGUUUUACGCUACCGCUCUCCUACGGACGCAAAGAGGCGCGCCAGAAACGUCUUGGCUCAUCGCCAGACUCCCUGAACGCGGAUCGCAGUGACAAGUCAGCGAUGGGCAGCGCCUCACCACAGGCCCUCUACAAAUUGGUGGUGCCUCUGCUUCGCUGUGAGGCCAUUGAUGUACGGGAUGCGGCUGUCAAUGCGUUGGGCAUGAUAAAUCAUGAUGCGCUCAAAGAUCUUAUGGAGGAGCUUGUGGUCUAUAUACGCGAGGCCGUUGAUCGCAAACAGGAGAAUAUGCGGCGACGACGACGUCGUGAUGCACUGCGUCUGCAGGUAGUGCGUGUGCUGGAGAAAAUUGCAGAGAAUGGCACCUUUGGUGUUAGCACCUGUGUGUUGGAGCGCGAUACGAUGUCGCUGCAUCCCACAUUUGUGGAAUACAUAGAAGGCGCCAUGGCAUAUCUAAUGGCCGAAACGGACAAGGAUAAUCUGAGCAUACGCGAGGUUAAGGCACACUUCUGCAAUUUCAUACGCAAAAUGAUUAAAAACUUUUCACUGGAGUCUGGUGCGACUUUGUUAUCGCGCGAUUUGAAGCGUAAUUUAUUCAAUUUAUUUGCCACUUGGUGUGGCAGCUUCUCCAAGCCGCUAAGCAUUAGCUCACAGAUUGGCCAAACUCUCGAAGAGGAAAAACUGCAAUUUAGCGCAUUGCAGGCCAUGUCCGCUUUGCUCUGCUGCGGCCACAUCUUUUAUACGCCGCAUCUUCAAGACGAUGGCAUUAUAUAUAAAUGGCUGGAUUUGUUGCUCACCUCCAAAGAUGAAAAGAUUUAUCAGUUGGCUCGUGAUACGGUUGUGCUGCUCCUGGAAUCGAAUCCGGAUAUGGGACAACUGCUCGAAUGGGUCAUCGAUCGUUGCUAUACCUCAACUCCACGUGAGGCAGAUGCUUGUUUCUUGGCGUUGGCCUCAAUCUUCAGUGCAAAAGAGUAUCCAUGCGACCAUUACACAUCCGUCAUAACUGUAACGCUACUGAUGACUGGCUGUCCGCGUGUGGAGGUGCAUGCCACAGCACUGCAGCUGCUGCAAAUACUGGACAAGCGUUUCUUUGGCAGCGUCGUGGGCACACUCCACAGCGACAACGAGAAAGAAGAUGAUAAAGUCGGCACUCUGGAUGUCCUGCUGAGCAGCGCCUAUUGUCGUUCACAACGCUUCCUCUCAAAGCAACUGGCACAAUUGCGUCCUGAAUUAACCAUGUCAUUAUUUUCGGAGAUUACGCACCGUUUCCAGAGCGCUCGCGAUGAUGUGCGCGCCUUGUUGCUGCAGUGUCUGCUGCCUUGGUUGCAGAACAUGGAAUUGGUGGCAACCAGUGUGCCGCCUGCUACGCCACUAUCCUAUAUUAUGUACUUUCCGGAUUCGGGCACACGUGGACGCCGCGAGGGUACUGGCUCAACUGAGGCAACAGAAAUGAUUCUGAAUAAUCUAUUUUACAUAACGGCAAAGUUCUCGGAUGCGCAUCCGCGCGAUAUUGAGGAGCUGUGGGGCACAUUGUGUCAGUUCUGGCCUAACAAUCUAAAGGUCAUACUACGCUAUUUGGUCAUCAUGAGCGGCAUGGCACCCACCGAGCUCUUGCCCUAUGCGAAACGCGUGGCCCUUUAUCUGGCGCGCAGUUGUCCGGAUCGUUUGCUGGAUGAGCUAAUGGCCGAACUGCAGACGGUGGAGACGCUUAACUGUCUCAUCGAGCGCACUGAAACGCCUCCCUUUUAUAGGUUAACCAGCAUGCGGAAGGCUUCCAGCCACAGCGCUGAUGGUCAAGCAGUGGGUGGCAUUAAUGAUUCGCGCACCCAGGAUCUGACCGUAGAGAAGGGUACCAUACACACAAAGCGACACAGCGGCGAGGAUCCCAUUAAGAUUGGCACCUGUAAAUCAGACAGUGGCAUUCGGGCUUACACUCAGGCAGCUGCUGCUGCAGCCGCUGCUGCUGUCACGCCCAUCACGGGCGGCAGUCGACCGCCGCGUGGCGCUGAUAAAAUACGUGCUGCAUCGGGUCCCUCGAUACUGCCGCGACCCGAGGAUAUAUUAAUCAACGAUCCGGAGCUGCGACAGGAGGAGAAUGUGGAAUUGCGUAAUACAGCGGAGGCGCCACCAAAUGCACACCCACAUCCGUUGCCCAUGCCCGAAUAUGGUGGCUACUUUGCACCGCUAACAGAGUUCCUGCCAGAUGUCAGUUUACCCAUCAGCGGAUUCCAUCGCUGCAACGUGGCGGUGAUGUUGCUCACAGAUAUUGUGGUGGAUGGUAUUCCUGGCAUUGAUUGGACUCUGCAUUUACCGCUUAUGCUGCACAUUUUGUUCUUGGGCCUGGAUCACACACGCAUCAUUGUGCGGGAGCAUUGCAAGCAGCUGUGCGUCAAUUUAUUGAUUGUGCUGGCCGAGCACAAUGAUCAUCUGACUGUGGCACGCAUUCUGCUCAACAGUGAGACGAGCAAACUGGAUUUGGGACUGACCGUGCCUGCUCUGCCGGUGAUUGACAAUAACUUUACGGAGCUGCAUCAGCAGUUCGACAGUUAUCUGUUGCAUGUCAGUCCACAGGCGGCUGCCUAUGCGCUGCAGCACAAUCUCUCCAACUCGACUAUCAUUGCGGCCCACUCGACCAACCAGCAGAUGCUGCAACAGAAUCUGCAGCAACUGCAGCCAGUUCAGGGACCGGUGAAUGCCACACCAGCCGGAUUGGCCGCCACGCCGGCAGCACUGCAGAUCAAUCCGAAUAACACGGAAAACUCGGAGGUGCCGUUAAUUCAUGCGGAUGAGCAUGCUCCACCGCAGCCGGGUCCCAGCAUGCCCAUUGCGCAUGUAAUCAAGAGUUUGCUCAAGUUUCUCGCCCACGACACCUGUCAGCCGCUGUGGAACUAUGAGGACAUUACGGCCAAGGUGUGGGCCGUGAAGUCGGCGGAGCAACUGAGCUGCUUCCUCAUGCAUAUGGUCAAGGUGUUUGCCGAUAGCUAUCCACAGGCGCGCAUUGCCGAGCGCUGGGCGCAAACGGCUCUUCAACUGGGCCUCUCUUGCUCCUCGCGCCACUAUGCCGGACGCUGCCUGCAAAUCUUCCGUGCCCUCAAUGUGCCCAUUAACCCUCGCAUGUUGUCGGAUAUUUUGUCCCGGCUGGUGGAGACUGUUGCCGAACAGGGCGAGGACAUGCAGGGCUAUGUGACCGAGUUGCUGCUCACUCUGGAAGCGGCCGUUGAUAGCUUGGACUCGGAUUUCCGGCCGCUCGACGUGAUGAAGGAUAUUUUCAAGAGCACGCCCAAUUUAAACAACAAAGAUGGCGGUCCCAAUUCCAUUCUGCCCGGCAAGAAGUCACCUUCCGGAAUGACACCGCAGUCCUCCAACUACUCGAUACCCAGUCAUGGACGCAGCACCAGCUACUCGGUUUCAUAUUGCGGCCGCAAGGCUAACAACUCGCCCUGCGACAAACAAGUGGAGCUCCGAAAUCGUGCCUCCGGCAUCGAACUAGAGCGCAGUGUGGUCAGUAAAUUUGGUGUCGGUGCUGUUGGCGUCGGCGCUGGCUCUGCAUUGUCGCGCUCCCGUAGCGCUCAGAGCCUGAAGAUGCUGGGCGACACGGCCACACAGGAUGACAAGAUGACCAUUUUGGCACAACUGUUUUGGCUGUCCGUAUCGCUGCUCGAAUCGGACUAUGAACAUGAAUUUAUGCUGGCGCUGCGCCUGCUCACUCGAGUGCUUCAUCGACUGCCGCUGGAUCGUCCCGAUGCGCGCGACAAAGUGGAGAAGCUGCAGCAGCAGCUUAAGUGGACAGCUUACCCGGGCGUGCAUGCGCUGCUCCUCAAGGGAUGCACCCACAGUGCCACCUAUGAGCCAACCAUCACGCUGCUGGCCCAGUUCGCCCCACUGCUCACUCUGCCCGUGUGUGAUCCCACACAGAGCUGCGCCUUCCCCAUGAACGUGAUCGCCCUGCUGCCGUAUAUGCUGUUGCAUUAUGAAGAUGCCAAUGAGAUUUGCAUACGCAGCGCGGAGAAUAUUGCACAUGUGUCCACGGAGUUGGGAGCCAAACUGGAGAAUCUGGGCACUGUGAUGACUCUGUACAGUCGCAAAACGUUCUGCAAAGAGUCGUUCCAAUGGACCAAGUGUGUCGUCAAGUAUUUGCACGACACCUACGCGCACAUGGGACUCCACAUGUUGGCCUUCCUCAUCGAGGUGCUCGAGAAGGGGCCGCAACAGGUGCAGGUGCCGGUGCUGAAUGUCAUUCACUGCAUGCUUCACUAUGUGGAUCUAUCGGCGCCACAGGCGCAGACCAUCAAUGCGGAUCUCUUGCGCGCCAUUGGCAAAUAUUUAGAUACUGUUAACUGGAAGGACUCACUUAAGAUACUCAAAUUGAUUGUCACACGCAGCUCAUCGCUGCAGGUGGUGCCACCCAGCGAUGGCAGCAGCGCCGGCUUAUCGUUCUCCUUCUAUGGCGCAUAUCCGGACUCGGAUAUGUUCUGUAAAAAGGAACUAGCCGGCCGCACCAUGGAGUUCACAUUCGAUGUCUCGCAGACGCCUCUAAUUGGACGUCGUAUAUUGCUCAAAUCAGAGGAUCCAGCAUCAGGCGGUGCUGCAUCUGCCACAGGCAGCUCUUCGCUAAACUCAACGCUGACGAAUGCCACCACCGUGACGGUUGCACCGGCUCAGCAGGUCAGCGCCCAGCUGCAGCAGCAUCGUGCCCACAGCAAUGUGGCUGCCAUUGCCGCCUCCGCCGUCGCUGCCCAGCAGCAUCAACAACAGCAGCAACAACAACAGCAGCAGCAGCAGCAGCACUCUGUUGGCCUUGGCAGCAUUGUUGGCACGCCCAAUUCGCCUAGGCGUAGUGCCAGCUUAUCGCCGGCGGAUACUGUUCCGCUCAGUGGCUGGAAGCGUCCGUGGAUGUCGCAGUGUCGUGUACGCGAGUGUCUGGUGAAUCUAUUGACCACCUGUGGCCAGCGUGUUGGUCUGCCCAAAUCGCCAUCGGACGAUUUCAUAAACUCUAUUUGCUCAAAGUUUUUGAGCACAUCACUAACGGGAUCGAUUGCGACCAGACAAAGCGUGAUCUUUAGCCAAUCAUCGGAUCUCAUGGAGCGGCAAUCAUCUGCGGCCUCUUCCACCGAGGAGACAUCAGGUCCGCAGGGUGAUCUUAGCAGCGGUUCUCGUCGUGACGAUGGCCAACCCGACUUUACCGUCUUCAAGGACUUUGACUUCCUGGAGUACGAGGACAGCAUCGCUGGCGAGUCCACGGACAACUUCAAUUGGGGCGUUCGUCGCCAUCAGCUCUUCGAGGGCGACGAGGACUGCUUGAACUGCGGCAGCGCCAUUGGCGGCUCCAUAAAGGGCGGCCAUUCGUCGGCACUGGAGGAUAGCUUCAGCGAUAAGACGCCAAUUUUGAGCAAGCGCAAGCGACAAACCGCUGACGAUUCGUCCGAUGAGGAGGCCGAAUCGGAGUCACCACUAGACGAUGAUCAUCGUCAGUCAUUUUUGAAAUCUAUCUUCAGUGGCGCACCGCCAUCUUCGCUGAGUUUGCGUGAACGCCGUCGCCGUAACUCAGUUUCCCGUAGCGAUACCAGCGGAUCCAGUGCCGGCGAUUUGGGUGAUUUAACGCCGUGUAAUGCCUCGCCCCAUAUGCAGGGCAUCAUUCGCUUUGGCGCCGCCGUACGCGAUGAGGCGGAAGAGAACUGGCGACGUCAGCUGCAGUCGAUGCUGGUCAAUCAGCCGUCGGCGCACACCUCCGAGCUGCUGCUGCAGCUGUACAGGCUGAUCAAAGAGUUGACCUUCAAGACAAUCAGCAUAUCCAAGGAGGCUAAGAAAUUCUUUACGGGCAUCGGUUCCCAGCUGGGCAAUCGCAUCUCACUCUUUACGGAUUUAUUAAGUUCGCGUGCCGAUCCGCCGCGUGUUUGGUGCAGUGAGAUGCAAGCCACCACGCCAAAGCUGUUCGAAACUCUCAGGUUCAAUGUGCUGGAGGUGCAGGAGCAUCUGGAGACGUUCUUCGAUCGCAAAGAUCAGGUAUUGGAGUGUCUGGAUGCAGUUAAAACAUCGUGCAAAUUGUCACUAUUCAAUGAGUCAGAUGUGGCUGCUUCGAGCUUGGAGCUGCCCAGCAGUUCCAGCAUUGCUUGCAUGCCCUUUGAUCCGGCCUCAACGGAGGUUGUUCUGGACUUGGGACGCUCGCUGUAUAAGCUUAUGUUUCAGCUGCUUCUGCUGAUUGAAUCAAAUCAUAAGAUAUCCUCGAAUGUGGUUAAUCAUUUUCGCAUCAAUGAAGACAUGCAUGACAUAUCCGAUCUCUAUGCCCUGGUGCGAGAUGCUCUGGUGCGUUGCACUAGCGAGGCCGAGUUGGAUUGCCUGGAAUCGUCGACGUCAACGGAGGGGGAGCAUACGCCGACACCAUCGCCCGGGUUACCCAUGACGCAGGAGGAGUUUGAGGCGUCGCUGCAUGAGCAUAUUGAUCUGCAGCGCUGGUCUAGCGCCAUUUCCCAUGUGCGUCAGUAUCGACGCGUGUCUACACUGAGUGCUGGCGAUCAGAGUCUGACUAUCUUUAGCUAUGGCAAUCUAGACAGUCGUCUCAAGUUUGAUGAGAUGUCGAUCAUAUUGAAUGCUUAUGCACAUAGCAUUAUGAAAGAUCGCACGGAAGCCUUCAUUGUAUCCAAAUCGGACUCGGAGCUGUUUGAGGUUUAUGCAAUACUCUCGGAGAACUUGUAUCACGUCUCAAGCGCGUUGACUAACAUGGAGAUCAAUAUGAAAAGCUACUCAAUGGGCGCCGGUUCAAGCAAUUUGCAUCGCAGCGAGCAGGACAUUGUGACAAAUCUUUAAAUAUAGAGGAACUUUACAUAUGGCUAAGAUUAGUGCAGAAAUAAGCUCAUUUUGAUAUGUAAUCAAAUUUAGAUUUUAAUAUUUAAGCAGCAUUGUAGGGCACUAUCAUUCAGUUGAGAGUUGAUCAAGCAUUAUUGAGUAUGAACAAAUGUGUUUUUAAGUACGGUAUAAUUACAUAAUAUACAUAUAUAUUUAUCUCUUAUCGCGACUAGUUUUUAUAAGCUUCAUAUCAUGUCGGAAAGACGAAGAUAAAAAAUUAUGAGACAGUUUUACGUUUGGCUCUAUAAAACAUUGAACACAACAACAUGCAAUAUUUUUCUAUAAUAAUAAAAAAAUAUUUAAUUACAAAA